AUGCUUAAGGGUCGCGAGCAGUCAGCGACAAACCUAGCUCCGCGACAGAACAGAAAACGAUCACGAAUACAGCGCGUGGCGCUCUACUGCACGCGCAACCGACCGACAAACAAACGGGAUGUACGGGACGUAUUUGGAGUCAGGUUCGACAGCACGACCGAUGAGACGGUUUUGACGGCAGUAGACCAUCCCGCGAAACCCGUAGAAACGGCCCGCGAAACUUGCCAAAUCGACAUUGACCAGUUAUCGGAGGAUGAAUGGAAGCGGCUGCAACCGCUUCUGUGGCUCGAGCUGGAAUCCCUCUUCGGCAAGGAUCGCGUAUCCCCGGUCAGACAGAAACCGUUUAAGCCAACGCGCAAGGAGAAAGGUAACGGUGUCUUUGGUGUGUCGCUGAAUACACUUAUUCACCGCGACCAGCAGGUAUUCACCGGAAAGGAUACGACCGUGACCUUGGUACCGCUAGUGCUGCAGGUCAUACUGUCCGAGCUGGCAGUGCGCGGUGCUAGGGAGGAAGGCAUUUUGCGAGUAUCGGGAAACAAACAGAGGAUCGACGCCCUGUACAAUGAGAUCGAGCACAAUUUCUACCGCAAACCGGAAAAGAUCGAUCCGCUGAUUAAGGAAGCGGGUGUGCAUGAUCUCAGCUCGCUAUUGAAGCGUUGGCUAAGGGACUUGUCGCAGCCACUCUUGACCAACGAUCUGGUGCACCUUUUCCUUCAAACGAACGUUUUACCUCCACACGAUCAGUGUAAAGCGCUGACGGUGCUUUGCCAACUACUGCCGCACGAAAAUCGCAACACACUGCGCGCGCUGUUGCAUUUCUUCCGACGAGUAGUGGAGCAGCAACACCUGAACCGAAUGUCCCAACAGAACGUGGCAACGAUCAUUGCGCCCUCGUUCUUCCCACCAACAUUUGUGCAUCCACUAGACCACAAGGACGAUAUGGGAGCGCAAACACAGAUAGCUGACAAGUGUUGUCAGCUCACCAACGUGCUCCUAGGAAUGGCCGACAGCUUAUGGGUCGUACCACAGCGUCUAAUCGAGCAGGGCAAGAUUGCUCGCGAGCAGUCAGCGACAAACCUAGCUCCGCGACAGGCCGGAAAACGAUCACGAAUACAGCGCGUGGCGCUCUACUGCACGCGCAACCGACCGACAAACAAACGGGAUGUACGGGACGUAUUUGGAGUCAGGUUCGACAGCACGACCGAUGAGACGGUUUUGACGGCAGUAGACCAUCCCGCGAAACCCGUAGAAACGGCCCGCGAAACUUGCCAAAUCGACAUUGACCAGUUAUCGGAGGAUGAAUGGAAGCGGCUGCAACCGCUUCUGUGGCUCGAGCUGGAAUCCCUCUUCGACAAGCAUCGCGUAUCCCCGGUCAGACAGAAGCCGUUUAAGCCAACGCGCAAGGAGAAAGGCAACGGUGUCUUUGGUGUGUCGCUGAAUACACUUAUUCACCGCGACCAGCAGGUAUUCACCGGAAAGGAUACGACCGUGACCUUGGUACCGCUAGUGCUGCAGGUCAUACUGUCCGAGCUGGCAGUGCGCGGUGCUAGGGAGGAAGGCAUUUUGCGAGUAUCGGGAAACAAACAGAGGAUCGACGCCCUGUACAAUGAGAUCGAGCACAACUUCUACCGCAAACCGGAAAAGAUCGAUCCGCUGAUCAAGGAAGCGGGUGUGCAUGAUCUCAGCUCGCUAUUGAAGCGUUGGCUAAGGGACUUGUCGCAGCCACUCUUGACCAACGAUCUGGUGCACCUUUUCUUUCAAACGAACGUUUUACCUCCACACGAUCAGUGUAAAGCGCUGACGGUGCUUUGCCAACUACUGCCGCACGAAAAUCGCAACACACUGCGCGCGCUGUUGCAUUUCUUCCGUCGAGUAGUGGAGCAGCAACACCUGAACCGAAUGUCCCAACAGAACGUGGCAACGAUCAUUGCGCCCUCGUUCUUCCCACCAACAUUUUUGCAUCCACCAGACCACAAGGACGAUAUGGGAGCGCAAACACAGAUGGCUGCCCAGUGUUGUCAGCUCACCAACGUGCUCCUAGGCAUGGCCGACAGCUUAUGGGUCGUACCACAGCGUCUAAUCGAGCAGGGCAAGAUUGUCAUUGCCAUGUGAUCGGGC